UUUUUGGAAAAAAAGAGAAUUGUAAUUUUGUACACGGUUUUGGAGCUGUUUGGGAAUAAUAAAUUGUAAUUUUGUGCUUGAUUUUUUUUUUAAGUUAAAAUUUUUUUUUUGGCUGAAUUUUUUAGGUUAAAAUUUUGUGCCGGUGCUAAUCUGCUUUUACAUCCAGUGUUAUUGUUUAUUUAUUUAUGUAUUCUUGCAAAGUGAUAGGAUAGUAUUUUAUCAUUAUUUUUAUUUGGCAUAAAGUACGUGUAAAAUGAAAAUAGAGUUGGUCUCGGACCGAAUAUAUAUGGAUAGCGAGUUCCAAAACCCAGUAGACUUAGGGUUUAUGUGGAAGAAAACUCGCAAGAAUCCAUUGCAGACCCAUGGCUCGGUUGAGCUCCGAUCAGCUCUUGAACGACGACAACUCCGUUGGAUGUCUCAAACUCAACCACAAAGCUCUCUCUGAUGUCUCGUGCUUGAGAGAUUUCAAAAACUUGGAAAGGCUCGAUCUCAGCUUCAACAAGCUUACUUCUCUCGAGGGUUUGAAGUCAUGCAUUAAUUUGAAGUGGUUAUCGGUUGCACAAAAUAAAUUAGAGAGCUUGAAAGGAAUUGAAUCACUUUCUAAGCUCACUGUGCUAAAUGCAAGCAAGAAUAAGCUUAAAUCUAUGGAGGAACUCAGGUCUAUCACCAGCUUGCGUGCAUUAGUUUUGAAUGAAAAUGAGAUUAGUUCCAUUUGCAAGCUUGAUCGGAUGAAAGAUUUGAAUACUCUUGUUCUCUCCAAAAAUCCUAUUGGUGAAAUUGGUGAAUCUUUGGCAAAGGUUAAAUCAAUCACGAAGCUUUCUCUUUCUUAUUGCCGCCUUCAGAGUAUAAGCUCCUCACUCAAGUCCUGUAUUGAAUUGAAAGAACUCAGACUCUCUCACAAUGAAAUCAAGAGUCUCCCAGCUGAGUUGGCUCAUAAUAAAAAUCUACUUAAUUUGGAUUUGGGAAGCAAUGUGAUCACACGGUGGUCAGAUCUAAAGGUCCUUAAAUCAUUGGUUAGUCUGAGAAAUAUUAAUCUUCUAGGAAAUCCUAUUGUUGAAAAUGACAAAUACAUGAAAAAGGUUAGAACCAUCUUAUUAAACUUGCGGGUAUUCAAUGCCAGACCCAUUGAUAAAUAUUCAAAGAUUGGAAAGCGUGAUAGAGUUGAGCUAGAAACCGAAAAGGGAGAUAAUCUCGACAGUACUGAUUUUGAAGUGAAGAAGCAACUGAAGCAGGAAAGGCAAAAAACAGCUAAGAAUCUCUUAGAAAAUGAAUAUCUGGGCCAUGAGGAAGACAAGAACGAUCAAGUCAAGGAAAAGAAAUCUAAACAUCAUGAGCCAAAUCAAGGUACAGUUGCCAAUCUUGGGAACAAUGUUUAUUUGGAGAAGGAAUCAAAUGAGAGAAGUGGAAAAAAGAAUGACAAGCUUCAGACAAGAGAAUGAUUGAUACAGGACAAGGAGAAUACCAACGUCAAAAAGAAACUAAAGGAAAAAUCAAAGGUAAAACGAGGUGAACUUGAUGUUCUUGAUGAUGGAGAUGCUUCCAUUGUAGAGCUUUUAUCUGUGAGCAGCACAAAAGACACCGAACAAGGCACUAUAGAGAGGAUUACUAUCAAGGAUAGUCAAGUUUCAAAGUCAGGGGGUGGCAUGGUGACUUUUCAGGCGAAGAGGAAGAAAGCUAAAACCAUGGGUGCAGAUUCCUUGCUACAAUCAUUCCCAGCUGUUGAAGUUGGAAUGGGUGGGCCUUCAACUUGGGGUGAUGAGUAAUUAUGGUGGGAAAUGUUCUGAUCAUGUCAAAUUCCGGAUACUGAGUCCUCCAUGGUUAUGUUUCCUGCUCUUACUGGUUCAAGUUGUACCAUAACUCGAUUAGUUUCUGAAAUCUGCAAUCAGGACCUGCUUAAUGUGGUUCUAAUCGAAUAGUUAAUGGGCAAGAUUUGUGUUGUUUUUCCA